AUGUCUGGACUCGCUGCGCUACAUUGCUCGACGUUUGCACAAGGCUUCAGCAACAAUCAACGCCAGGCUGCUGCCAGGGCACUACUUAGGCACGACGCUCACAUUGACGGCACGCAUUAUCAUACCAAGACACUUUGUGGCCUUCAUCCCUCCUACAUAGCCUUUCACUCUAAUAGUCAAGAACUGGAAUCAGGGAGAGCGCUAUCUCCCAAAGAACUUGUGGAAAUUGCUAUGCAGGACCGUCUCGACAGUGGUAUAUCUCUGCUUGUUCGAUGUGCAGGUUCUGGAGUAGGACCGACUAUGUCACCCAAGAAAAUUCCUCUUGACCUGUAUAUCACGCCACACGAGCUGCAAGAAGUUCCUCAACAGAUUGGAGGAGAUGUCACGGUGCUUGUACAAGCAUUCGCUCAAGAGUUUGCGAUACCACAUCUCCAACGUUUUGCUAAGCGCUGUGCCAUUGAAAAUAUCAAACCACCUCAGUCUUUCCCUGCUACUCAUAUCAGUACAAAUGGACCACAGCACCUCCCAGGGUCUAUCGUGGCUACUGGGGCUCGCAUUGCGUGCUCUGCACAAGCACCAAAAACCUUCGAGAAGAAUCUGCAAACCUCAUCCGUUCCUGCUGCAGAUCCAAAGAAACCGGCAUCUGCAGCAAUUUCUGAAGGAAUCCAACUGGGGGCAAGUGUUGCAAAAGACAUGUUAACUCCAUGUUCACAGAUUCGCUGGCGCCGAGCUGCUGAAGUCUUUGUUGCUGAUAGAGUCCCUGGCCCAAUCUUUUCGGUUCGGCCUGAAUUCGGUUGCGAUGCCAUAAACUUUAGUCCUCCGCUCAUUAGUAUCGGUCCUAAUACCGAUGCUGCUCUUGAUCGGUUCAAACUGGGAGAUGAGCUCUUGCCCAAGCUCCGUGUGCUUGUUGGAACUGUGCGAAGCAGUCGUUGGGAGUUGGUUCUCAGGUCCCAGAAGUGGGAUCUGAACUAUGAGCAAGCCUCUAUCUUGGCGAACGCCCUUCUUGCAGACCUUCAAGGGGUGCCGUUCAGCCCUGAAAUUGUGAAGCGCAAAUCUUCUGUGCUAUCCGUCAUUCUGGAGUGUCUUGGCAUUCUAAUUGUGAAUAAUUAUCUUGCAGUUUUUCACCGUGGCAUUAUGUCUAAGCGCAAAUACAUGGUAUCUCCCUCCACCCACAAGAGCAGCGCCAGGCGCCGCAUGCAGCAACCUCGCAUCCGUCCAAAGGUUGUCAUAAGCAAAGAGGCCCGUGCUCUACUCACAGCCAACCGACGCACCAAGUCUCGUCAGUUCAAAAUCGCCCUUGAUGAGGCUUGGGGCCAGAUCGACGAGGCCACGAAGACUAUCGCUUCAGCUCACCAUAAAAGCAUUCGCCGUGUGCAGAAUGAACUGUACAUUGGCCAAGGGAUCCUGCGUUCUAAGCGCUCCAAGCUGAACGCAUGGAAUGCGUUCUGCUGGAAAAAAAACCAGGCCAGCGAAAAUCGCAACCAAGGCAAAGGCGCACUUCAACAGCUCGUUCAUGAGCAUAAGGACGAGUACCACAACCUUUCAAAGGACGAGCGGGCAGAUCUACUUAAAGAGUAUGCCGACUGGUCAUUAACAAAGGCUACUGGUGUGCGCACCUCCACCAAAUCGAAGGUCAACGAUAUCACUCAAACACUCAAGGCUGUCGAAAUUGAGCUUAAAAGUCUGCAAUGUCGUACAGGCGCAGAAAGCGUAUUCUAUACCACGCGCGGGUUGACUGAUCUUCCCCUUCGAAGCAUAGCCUUUGCGACUGAAGGCGUUCAGGACUUCAUGCCAUCUGUGAUGGGCGUCGACAAUCAAGAUCUACUUGGUAAGAUGGAAGGCUUUGCGGUUCAAGGUGUGAAAGGUGCUGCACAAAAUCACCAAGAGCGUGUGUCUCAAGCACGCGCAGCCAUCCGCAAUAUUAUCAACAGUACUCUUCAUAAGUCCCUCCUCCCACUCUGUCAGAUCACUGGCAACCCUGAUGCCAACAUGCAAUGGGCACUUUAUUUCUGGAACAUUGUCCAACGCUACCAAGUCAUGAUAGAGGGUGGCCUGACAAUAUUCCGUUCGCCAACCUUAGCCAAGUGUCUAGCGCCCUCCCAAAGCUCGACAGGCUCUUCCGAAGGUGGAAGUCGGGUGCAACGCACUGGAAGACUUUAA